AUGAGUACCAUGGACCAGAACGGUGGGCUGAUCGCCUCGGCUCCACCAGCUAAGAGGCAAGCUUAUCCGAUACCGGGAGGGAAUGGUCAUGAAACUACAUUGGCGACACCUGAGGAAAGGCUCAAACACAUACAGAAUGCCCAGAUGAAGGUUCUCAGUGAUCGUGAUACGUAUGUUGGUAUGCAGUGGAACCCAGUUAAUGAUACACCAUUGGGUAUUGGUACUCAGCCGGAUAGCUACUGUCCUGAGUUGGAUCAGUAUGGUGACGAUGCUGCUAUGAAUGCGGCUCGGUUCCUGCCGAAGAACGUCAGAAACAGAAUCGUUAAGUAUCUUGAAGAUGGAACACUCCGCCCUGGCGAGCUAGAUUUGAAGUGCGUUGUAGUGAUGCAGUCCCUUUCGCCGGAGCUUCUACUGAAGGUUAUGGACCAUUUAGAUGCUGAUCGGGCAUUUUUCCUAAACGCUCACUCGAAGGCUGGGUUCAUCAUAUCGACCUGUGAUAAGGCUAAGAGGGGGGAGUUGGAUGUUCGUGGCUUUGGAGCGAUCGACCCUUGGCGAGGCCACAUGCGGGAUCUCUGUAUUAGACGCCCUUUGGGGGUGGACCUGUUGUCUGAGGACGAUUGGAUUGCUAGGAAGGGUGAGACUCUAUCACUUCAAAUCAUACAGAGGAUUCCAGCGGCGAUACGUCAUAAGGGCCAAGUGUCACCUAAUAAUAUCGUCAUUGACGACUUGAGCAUGCGUAUGACGAUUGGGCAGCUGAAGGCUAUGCUGGAGGAUAAGGCUCAGGGGUGGAAGCCUGGUGUGAUGAAGCUCAUUGUGAGGGAGACUGGUGUACUCAAUGAUAACAGUAAGACUAUAGCCUAUUACAAUCUAUCCUCUGGAGAUCGUAUACGCCUGAAACUGAAGAAACGUGGUGGCAUACGUAUUAAUAAAUGUAAUCGAGUUAAGGAGACCAAGAAGAGUCACGCUGAGGAGGGGGAUGAUGAUGAUGAUCAAGUCGAGGAGAAGAAGGAAACUAUACAGAACGACGUACAACAACAACAACAAGCCAAUGGAGUUAUGGCACCAUCGCCACCACCGCCUCCGAGAUUUUUCGACAUAAUGAAUUUCAAUCGAAUAUCCAACAAGGUGACGGUCCAAUACAUAGCAGAUCCGUACACUAUGUUGAUUAACUAUAAGAGGAGUUUCAAGUUCCUCAAGUUGUUAAAGGAGAACAAUGCUCCUGUAUUGGUCAUCGGUACGUCACUUAGCAACUAUGUCAAUGUGAUGGUAGAAGCUCAGCAAAUCAAUGUUCCCGUCAUGAUGGUGGCGACGAAUCGAGAGCUUAGCGAACAUCCUGAGAUCCUCGAGUCAUGUGACUAUCUUCUACCCUGCCCUACUGCGAGAACUGACUUCAUGCUGCGGGACAUUGUCGCAUCACAGGUGAUGAAGGAGACGAAGCCUGACUUGUCCAUACCACUGACUAAGCCCGAGGAGCCCACCGAGGAUGUCGGUAGCUCAGUGAAGAUCCCGACCGCUGAGACCACUAGUGUGCCGAGCGAAUGGUCAUGA